CUCACAGCACUAGCACUACACUCGUUUUUUAAACUCUUUUUUCCUAGAACCAACAACAAAAAAAAGUUCUUUCGCCAUCCACUAUACUGCGUCAGCAGGUCUGUCUAUUUUUUUUUUUCUCGUAGUUUGAAUUCACACUUGAUUCCUGGUGCGGUCUCGUGGAAUAGUUGGGAGAAGUUCUUCACGUAUGUAUUCGUAAAAUUGUUAAAGGCAUGUCGUCGCCUGUUCUCGAUCUCGAUAUCGCAGGAGCCAACUCAACUGAGCAGGACAACACGAUGGGCAGCGGUACUGCUCGUAGAAGAAGGUCUUCACGCGAAGCUGGGGGAGCUGCCGUUGAUGUAGUUCCUAUGAUCUCGUCCAGGUCUACUCACAAUGAUGCUCUUCCGCCCAAGGGUAUCAAGCUGCAAAGGAGUGUAAAGCGAAGAACAUCAAGGCCUUUAAUACUUCUCGGAGCAGGUGCAGGUUUCUACUACUCCUGCUCUUUCGCUACAGUAGCAGCCUACGAACUGACCGAGAAGAUGCAGUUGCACAACCAGCACAAGCGAGAGUCGCUGUUAAAGCAGCACAGUAAAACUACAGCACAGCAAGGUCGUGAAGCUGCACAAGCAUCAACAUCGCAAAAGAGCAGGAAGAACAAGAUGAAGAAGGAGCAGAUGUUAUCGCUUUCGAAAAAGAAGAAGGAGCUACAAGAAGUUGUUUUCGUGCAGCAUCAGCAAGAAGAACGGAAGGAGCUACACCGAGUAGCACAGCAGCAACAGGAAACUGCGCCGGAAAACUUUUCUGAAAAAGCCGAAGCAACUGCUGACGCUGCUGAGGACGGGUGUUGCGGGAUCGACCUUGAUCUGGCAGCAGGAGACGACGCGGAGAUCAGCAACUCGGAGGACAUCGAAAGCCUGAAAGACCAACU